UUCAUAUUUGCGUCUUUCACACGAAUCUCGUGCCUUCAUUCCUUAUUUUCUGUGAUGAUAUCAUGACUCCGUAGCCCUGCAGCUUGGGGUUUAGAGAGAUUGAGCCAUCGAGUUACAGAGCGGGGGAGAAGGCUAUCCAGUCUCCCAGCUGCAUGCUCUCUAAUAACCAAAGCCUCGGAGAAGAGAGGAGAGGGAGAGGGAGAGGGAGGGGGACUCAAUAGGGAGGCAAUGAAACGGACUCAUCCGCGUAACUAGACACUACCAGUCCAGUUCAGUGUUCAGAGCAUGCGAGAGCGUAGCUCGACCAACCGCAUUCAGUUAUAUCUACAAAGGAAUAGAGAGGGAGAAAAUUGAAGUGUUCCAGCCUAGGGAGUCGGCGAGGAAAGGAGCAAGACAUAGGCUACUGGCGGCUUUCGAGCGUCACGGGCAUAUACACCCCGUGUCCAGAAUUUACGGCCAUUCUUGGCACCAGCCUGUUGUACAAAAUUGCGGAUUUAUAACUGAGUGAAUUCGGGGAUAGUCAUCGACAGUCCUAUCCUUCACAAUGAAGAAAAACAAUUCAGCUAAACGGGGCCCGCAGGACACAAACCAGCACAACACGCAGCCAGACAAAAUCGGUUGGAUUCGCAAGUUCUGUGGCAAAGGGAUAUUUAGGGAGAUCUGGAAAAAUCGUUUUGUAAUACUCAAAGGGGACCAACUUUACAUCUCAGAGAAAGAGGUGAAGGAUGAGAAGAAGAUCCAGGAGGUGGUUGACCUGACGGAUUACGAGCGUUCUGAGGAGCUCCGCAAGGCCAAGAGCCGCAGCAAGAAGAACCACAGCAAGUUCACCCUGCUGCGCUGCAGAACCCCAGGCAACACGGUCCCUAACCUGGUGUUCCUGGCUGUUAGUCCAGAGGAGAAGGAGUCCUGGAUAAACGCCUUAAAUGGAGCAAUCACCAGAUCCAAGAACAGCAUCCUGGAUGAGGUGAGACACACCUCCACUCUCCUUCUCCUCUCUCUGUCUUAUAAACAACACUUCAUCUGUCACAUGGCCAAUUGCAAGAGAAUAUCUUACUGAAUGCACUUGAGGAAUGGAAUCCAUUGACCCGCCCCUCAUUCACACACACCCUCAUGAACCGACACUAAACUCCCACAGCAUGUUGACAUGUAUAAAGUGCUUCAGAAAUAGAAGGAACUGUUAUCGUAUCUUACAUUCUAUCUUAAACUGGUUUCCCGAUGAGAGCAUUUUCUGGGUUUCAGUCUAGUGUAGUGUAGAUGAAAUGACCUCUAUAAAGAAGAGAGACAGGUGGUGACAGCUGUGACAGUCUUCUAGCUGAGGCAGCUGAUCAAAGGAUUCCCUCUCUGUUUGGGGAUGAUGGGAUGGAUCCUUCAUCCCUCCUUCUCACUGCAGGUCAAACGCCCUGAUGACAUCAAUAGACAGACGGUAGGGGAGCAGCUUGAUGUGAAAUAACAUGUACACACACUAAAACACACAUAUACACACACACACACUUCUGAGCUUUUAUGCACUUAACACAUCGUGUCAACACCACCCUUAUAUAAGGCCACAACACACACAUUUGACAUAGUCCCCAACACACACACAUGGAUGGACACAUGCACACACACACUGAUGCACGAAAGCACACCCACCAAAACACACACACACACACAGCUAUAGAUGGCCCAAACUGUACAGGUCCCUAUCACACAGCUAUAGAUGGCCCAAACUGUACAGGUCCCUAUCACACAGCUAUAGAUGGCCCAAACUGUACAUGUCCCUAUCACACAGCUAUAGAUGGCCCAAACUGUACAUGUCCCUAUCACACAGCUAUAGAUGGCCCAAACUGUACAUGUCCCUAUCACACAGCUAUAUAUGGCCCAAACUGUAUAGGUCCCUAUCACACAGCUAUAGAUGGCCCAAACUGUACAGGUCCCUAUCACACAGCUAUAGAUGGCCCAAACUGUACAGGUCCCUAUCACACAGCUAUAGAUGGCCCAAACUGUACAGGUCCCUAUCACACAGCUAUAGAUGGCCCUAACUGUACAGGUCCCUAUCACACAGC